GAUCGAAGACGGCAGGGAUCACACUUGACCUCAGUCAGCUCUUCCGCAUUGGAUCAAAAUAUGCGGAGUGCGAGUACACAGACGCAGCACUCCACAUUUUCAGUUCACCCAUCGCACUAUUCCUCCCCGGACGAGUUGGUUCGCAUCAAAUCUGACGAACAAAUUUUUUUAUCCCCGGACUCGGACUCGCCAAAUGCGCAAAUCACUAUCAUCAAUUCUCUGCCCCGUGAUAAGAUACCGCUCCCUCAUCAGUUCCACACAGAAAGUCAUAACGAGGCCCACAGACCUAGCCGCUGCACCGCUCACGGAAUCUUCAUAUGGUAGGGUCAAAGAUUUCACUGAACCACUUGACUUCGAAAAACUGAACAGCGCACUCUCACACGCUACCUCUGAGAUUCACUCCCUCCGCGAUCACUAUGCAAAACUCCGCACCUUGAUCACGGAACGGCAUCUUCCGCUAAAUGACUUACAAACAGGGAAACCUUCCACUCAACCCUCCGGCAAUCACGCCAUCCCUUCAUAUCAGGCACAAGAUUCCGAUAUACAACGAGGUCCUGAACCCGCUCACUUAGAGGAAAUCUCAAACCUUUCCGAAUAUGAGGCAAAGGAUAUUCUCGCUGGACUAAUCACAUCACUACGACUGUCCCCUCAUUCUGUCAGAAACCUAGUUUCUAAGUUCUUGGACGAAGGUCCGAUUUGUCCACACCCCAAUAGUGUCGACGACAUCAGGUCUUCUAUGGAAUUCCUGGCCCGCAUUGAUGAGUUAGUGUGGAAACGCUCUGUGCCUGUGAACAGCGAUGGUCCAUAUCCACUCUAUUCGAGAGCGAAUACGGAUGCCCUCGUUCAGCGGUUGGUUCUGUGGGAAAAAAUCAUCAGAGCCCAUCACAAAGGCUAGAGCUGCGGCCCGUAAUGGCAUUCCGCAAAAGAAUCGUACUCAGUUGGUUGCGUAACAGUUGCUUCUCUAUGCAUCUUUUUAUUCCACAAGUCGGCUUAUCGCGCCCCUCGGCGUUCUGUCAAGUUGGUGCACAGGUUAGUUCUUCUCCCGCGAUACAUC